AAUCUUAUCACUACUUAAAUUUCCCGCGAUACCAACGACUUCAAGAAAUCGAGAAAGCAGAAUGGGCUUGGUCUUCUUAUUAGUCCUCUACCUUGUUCAGAUCUCUGCUUGCUCCUCGCUGAAUUACGCAGAGAAGCCCAAACGCCCGGACCACACCAGUAUCGAUUUCUCGAAACUUCGCUUGUCCCCUGCGAGCUCGAACUUGAGCAUCCAACCAAGUUCCUUAAGGUCCUACAAAACCGGCGAUGAAGGCACUAUCAAGGAAGAGAGGGUUGGCAUUCCGGGUUGGACAAUGCUCGAUGGUAUAGCUUACAAGCUGUUCUUGAAAUGGGAAGUGAACCCGGCGGAUAUUUUCCAGCGUUUACGUUCUGUAAGAGCUAGUGGGAAGCUCGAUGACAACAAGGGAUUUAUCCAGUGGCUACAGUAUGUGAACAAAUACAGGGCUAAGCGAGGAGGAGAGUCCUGGUUCGCCGACUACAAACUGGUUGAAUUGUUGAGGAAGUCGAAAUCGGAUGCAGAACUGGUGACUCUGUUUCAAUCACUCCGCCGGUAUUCGGCAGUCAAGAACCUCGCAGAUGAAAUGCAAGCGUACAUGAUUUUGAGCUCCAAAUCCAGUCGCAAAAUAGUGAAUAGAGAAUGGCUCAAGUCCGGAGAAAGUCCCGCGCAAGUCUUCAAUAUCUUACGCCUGAACAAGCAGACUCUCAGCAACAAUCCACUGUUUAUUCAGUGGCUCAGAUACACAAAAUUGUACAGGAGUAAGUCAGGAGGUGAAGCAUUUUCUGACGUGGAUAUAUUCAACUUCUUGUCAGCAGAGACGAUGAUCCGUUCUAACAGAUUUGGAACACUCGCUGAAUCGCUCAAGGGCUUUCCCGAUUUGAAACCGUUGGCUAAAACCUUGCUGGCACAACUCUAUCAGAGAUGGCUAAAAGAUGGAUUUUCUCCAUUAUACAUCGCGAAUUAUGGAAUGGAGCCGGCUGUUUCAAAGCUUAAGAACACUGAUCCAAAAUUCGCUUACUUGAAAGCUUACACAGAGUACUAUGUUAGACAUCACGAGAAGAAUGAUCUAUUGGACAUUGUGAAAAAGGUGACCACCGGCAAAGAAUUGGAAACUGCAAUUGCAGUCGCUUCGAAACCUUAAGAGCUACUAAGAGUAUCGUCCCGUACUUUAACUGGACUCGAGAAAAAUAAACGUCCAAAUAUUCCAGCCUAC